AUGACUAAGGCUGAAGUGAACCCCAAAGUAUAUCCAUUGGCAGAUGCCCAGCUCACCAAAAAGCUGCUGGACCUGGUACAGCAGUCCUGUAACUACAAGCACUUGCGGAAGGGCACCAAUGAAGUCACCAAGGCCCUCAACAGAGACAUCUCGGACUUCAUCGCGAUGGCUGCCAAGGCUGAGCCCUUGGAGAGCAUCCUCUACCUCCCGCUGCUGUGUGAAGACAAGAACGUCCCCUACGUGUUCGUGUGCUCCAAGCAGACACUGGGGCGGGCUUGUGGCCUCUCCCGGCCAGUCAUCGAAUGCUCUGUCACCAUCAAAGAAGGCUCCCAACUGAAGCCUCAGAUUCAGUCUGUCUGGCAGUCAAUCAAGAGACCUGCGGCUCAGGUGUCUCUGUAG